ACCCGGACAAAUUUUCGAGACGGACUUGAAACCAACGCAGACUCAACGUGCGAGGGAGAUUUGAGAAGCGCGUUGAGAACAGUCGGCCAUAAACUUGGGCUGACGACUUUAGUGGAUGCUUUCUCGAUAUAUUUACUUUUUUUUCCAAUCAUGGAGGCCGACAGUGACAUAAAAACGACGCCGAGAGGGUUUCAGUGCACUUUGUGCAAUGUCAAUUUACCAAACCUGGCAAGCCUGGAUCAGCAUGUCAAAGGGCGGAAACACCAGACACUGAGCCAGGUGCGGGCUACCAGGAAGAGCCAGGAGCAGCGCAGUGUGUUUGUCAGUGGCAUCAAGCCUGACAUCUCUCAGACUGAUGUAGCUGAGUACUUCCAGCAGUUUGGGUCAAUCUCAGAUAUUAUCAUGGACAAAGACCGGGGUGUGUACGCCAUCGUGCAGUUCAGCGAGACCGACAGCAUACAGGCGGCCCUGUCGUGUGUUGAGCAUCAAAUGAAAGGCCUGAAGCUGCGUGUCAAACCCCGGGAAAAGAAGGAUUUCAAGCUGAUUCCCAAGAAGAACAACUCCCAGAACCUCCAACAAGCUCUUGACCGUCUCAAACCUCAGCUGUGUCAGUUGGUGUCUGUGGAUGCACAGAUGCAGUACGUCGUAGAGCGAUUUCAGCUGGGAGAAAACGAAAAGAAGGCCCGAGGGUUGCUGGUUCAACUCCUGCAGGAGGUUUUUGUGGAGUUUUUUCCAGACAGCCAGAUUCAGCCGUUUGGUUCAUCUGUCAACACGUUUGGCAUCCACUCCUGCGACUUGGACCUGUUCCUGGAACUGGAAAACACCAAGGUUUUCCAGUCACGUGCCAAGUCUACCAUGGAACAGGCGGGGGAGGGCAUGUCAGACGAUGGCCGCUCCGAGGACUCCAUCCUGUCUGACAUUGACCUGUCCACCGCUUCUCCGGCCGAGGUCCUGGACCUUGUAGCAGCAAUCCUUAGACGCUGCGUCCCCAGCGUUCACAAAGUCCAAGUGGUCGGCAGCGCUCGCCUCCCCGUAGUCAAGUUCCAUCACCGCGAACUCAACCUGCAGGGCGACAUCACCAUUAACAACAAACUAGCAGUAAGAAACACCCGCUUCCUCCAGCUGUGCUCAGGGGUGGAGGACAGGCUGAGGCCUCUGGUGUACACCAUCCGCUACUGGGCCAAGCAGAAGCAGCUGGCUGGUAAUCCCAGCGGCGCCGGUCCCCUGCUCAACAACUACGCUCUGACACUGCUGGUCAUCUUCUUCCUGCAAAACUGUGAGCCUCCUGUCCUCCCCACAGUGGACCAGCUCAAAGACAUGGCCUGUGAGGAGGAAGAGUGUGUGAUUGAGGGCUGGAACUGCACCUUCCCCAGUCAGCCUUUUGCUGUGCCCCCCAGCAGGAAUACACAGGACCUCUGCACCCUGCUCUUUGGCUUCUUCUCCUUCUAUGCUAAGUUUGAUUUUGCCAGUAGUGUCAUAUCUGUCAGGAAGGGUAUUGCCCUCCCAAUCACUGAUUUCCUCAGCCAGAAUAAAGAGGAGGAGGUCAUGGAAGAGGAAAAACCUGCCACGACCCAACCCCCUGGUCCCAAACUGGGCCCCCUAAAUCUCUUAGACCCCUUUGAUCUCUCCCACAACGUAGCUGGAAACCUGAAUGAGCGCUCUCAGCGCAGCUUUCAGAGGGAGUGCCAGGAGGCCGAUAAGUACUGCCGCAGCCUGCAGUACCAGCGCAAAUCUACCAAGGGGAAAUCAUGGGGGCUGGUGCGCUUAUUCACACCCCAUGGGGAGGUUCCACAGGCCAAAACAGAGCAGCCGGCCAUCAGCAUCCCCUUCAAAUCAGCGUCGCUGCCUGAAGGGCUGCGCAAUCAGCUGCACGUGGCAGGGGAAGGUUUCCGGCUGCUGUGGUUUCAGAAGGUUUGCGUUGCUACGGAGGGAGUCUUCCAAAGAGUUCUCAGGUGUCACCUUACUCGCUCCACAGAAGCCGCGUUUGGUGAGGAUUCAGUUGUUGAUGCUAAUAUGGAAAUGGAAACUACAUCAGCUUCCCUCAACACGUCAAUAAAUGACAGCUGUGACAGUGUUGAAUCCCAAAACGAAGCCAGCCCUCUGAGUACGGCCGCGCUCGGUGCCAAGAGGCGGCUAUCUUCUGCCAGCGAUGCUUCUGUGUCGCCUCAAGGCAAAAAGCCAAGACUGGCAAAAAGAGGCAAGCCUGAAUUGCCUCACUGGAUCUGUGUGCAGAAGCACACGGUGUGGGCUGGCAGGAGGAAAGUGAGAAGGGAGCUGAUCAAAGAUACAGACCAGAGGCCAGAGGGCAGCUGUAUGGAGUUGGAGUCCCAGGUCACAGCGCACAUCAUUGAAAAAGAGCCGGAGCUCAAGGAGCCCCUGGAGUUCAAGGUUCAGCCCCAGAUGGUUGGUGGAACAGAAAGCACAAAGGUAGUGCUCAAGUUGGAGCCGACCAGUGACAGGACAGGAGUUUUUCAUGACUUCUUUCAUUUCCUGGAAGCCUUCUUGCCUAAGAUGGUAGAGACACUGCUUGAGAAAGACAUUACUAGUGCUUAAAUGGGAUCCAUUUGAAAUAUGUCUCCAGAUUUUGGGUGUACUUUGUUCUAUUUUCUACAUCCAAGAGACCAUUACCGUUACCUGUAUUAACCCUUUAGAAUGGGACAUGAAAGAGCGCAACUUUGGCUUUAUGUUGACCCAGACAUCAGUUUAUUAUAUUUGUAAAUGUGGACUUUGUUUUCAUGAGUAUUUCUACUUUUUGUUUGUUUCAUUAUAAGAUUUCUUGAUUACUUUCUUGAUCUACUUUUAUGUUUUGGACAUGUCUUGGUGUAAGUGCAGUUCUGUAAAAUAAUAAUUAACAAGGCUCUUAAAUGAAGAAAGGGAAAGUUAAGUGGCAGAUAAUUGAUAUACACACCAUCUAAAGUUGUCUGCAAACAAAUGAAGUAUUUGUAAAACACCA